CACAGUCCUGACAAUCUUCAGUCUCCCCUAGUCAGUGGUUCCAUAAAAUAAACGACGAUCUUAAACAAGGGUUUAUCUAUGGCGAUGGAUAUUUUCAAUCGCCCACCUUCGAUCUCAGAGGACACAAUUCAGUACACCCUUUAUCCCCCUCCGGCAUUGGGCGAAAAGUCAUCUGUGACGACACUCGCAGCAUGCGUACAAGCAUAUGUCUCCGAGCUUUUGCCAGAUUUUAUCUGGCACAGAGACCCUUUCGAGGUAAAAGUUGUGAAGGACGUGAAUUCUGCUCCAGCUAGGGACAACAAGUGGAUGCUUGAAGGGCGUAUGCGCGUCGGGGACUCCGUCGAUGACGAGUGGUGCGUCGUCUGGAUCCUACGGGAGAUCAGCAAGAAGUGGGAUUUUGCUAUCAGUGUGAUAGAUUCUGACGGGGAGUUUCUCCUCAUUGAGGCAGCCGAAGCCCUGCCCUCAUGGGUCAAACCUUCCAACUCCGAGAAUAGGGUCUGGAUAUAUAGUGGAAUUUUGCACCUCAUACCUCUCCAACACAUAUCUGCUCCAAGUAAACCGAAAAGAAGACGCAUAUUCCCUGGGUCAAAAGACUGUGAUGAUGAAGAUGACAUUGUUGGUGAUGACCUCGAGGAAUAUUUGGCCAUCGAUGACGCACUGAAGUUGGUCCGCGAUGCAACUCUCGAAACUCGUGCACCCCGCACACGUACUUCGAGGUAUCCUGCAGCUGCCAAAAGUCAUGUGCAUAUCACCAAAGCGUACAUUCCGCUCGACAUCGCUCGCGCUUUAUCCGUAGACCCUUCCUUGGUACAAAAGCCUGUGGAGACAUUCUACACACGUGAUGCCGUCCAACUACGAGCUGCUCAUCGCAUGAUGCGGUUCCCUCCUCACUCUGCCGUACUCACCACAGCAUAUGCACAACUUGUUGGACAAAAAUUUUAUCCUCCAAAGAUAUUCGGUCAAUUUAAGGAACGUGAGGGCAGCGAUGUCUGGCGUUGGAGAGACAUAGGUAUGAAGCUGGCUUGCGGUUUCGAAAUGAUCUACCAAGAAUCGAAGAGUCGUGCUAACAUCACAAGUAAGACCAGUGAGGUGCUCGAGUCAUCGGCAGAAGCACGCAAAGAAGCACUUCGCCGAUCAUCCGACUAUAAGGCCUAUAUCACAAAUCUACUCUCAAGCGGCUACUUCCGGGGUGAAGUCGAAGACUCGCAGCUUUGGAAUGAACUGGAAAAUAAAGCCGCUGAUGCGUUCAUUCAGGUUCGGCAAGAAGACGACGCUACUCGUCCUUCAUUCGCAGCACUGUUUAACUCAGCAUUGUCCAUCGCCCCGGAAUACCUCACUGAGAUGCCUGACGAGACUGAAGACUCGGAUGACUGGAUGAACGUAGAUGCAGCCAACUUUGAUGACAUGCUGGAGCGGACACGUUCCCAACCGCAGUCUCAAGAGAUGGAUGUCGAUUCCACGUGCGAUGAGGUACAGGAAAGGAUAGCUAAGGAACAGGCAAACAAACUGCAGGACCUUGCAACCAAGGUGCAGAAGUUUGUUGAAGGAGAGGGUGAUGUAGAGGGUGCUAGGUUUGAAGAUGAGGCUUUCUCAGACGACGAAGACGAUGGAGGUAGUGCAGACGAAGAAGACGAACAGAAUUUCAGUGACGAGAAAUUUUCAGACUCGGACGAUGAAGAUGAGCCAGUUGCUGACGAAGCUGCACGUCAAGAAGCGAUGGCAAAGCUCGUGCCUGCCCUUUCAGAAGCCGAGUAUGGACAGAUGCCCGCUUCAUUCAACACUCAGCGUGUUUCCAAAGUUACUAUCGAGACUGAAACAGUCGAGGACAAUUCAGCUAUAACACAAAUUCCGGCCUGCGAACCCGCUUUAGAAAUCGCAUCGCCAGCUCGCACUCGGUUUAUACGACCACCCAUUCUGCCCCGCGACAAGUAUGAGGGUGUAGAUUCUGAUGAUGAAUCAUCUAGCUCUGAUCCACUUGCUGGUGGAGAUGAGGAAGAUGUGGAGUCAGAGGAGGACCGCCCGCAGGUCGUCGGCGAUAUCGAAGUUGACAUGGAUGAGGAAGAAGCGGAGUUCCUGGAGUUUUCAAGGCAAGCUUUGGGUAUAUCUGACCAACAGUGGGGAGACAUCAUCAAGGAUAGGAAAGGACGAGGAGCUUUUGUUCCCGCUAGCAUCAUGGUGGAAAACACAAUGUCUACCUCAACAAGAUCAUCGAACAAUGAAUCUGAUUCCUUCGCGCCACCAGCACAGGGACGGCAACCCGUCCCUGGCCCGAGGCCGAAUGUGAAUCCAAAUCUGGAUUCCUUUGAAGCUGUUAUGCAAGUUAUGGAUGCUGAAUUGAAUCAGUCUCGCCAGACAGCCCUGAAAAAGAAGAAAGGGAAGGAGAGGGUUCCAACCCUCCCUACAGGCGACCCUGAAAUCCCCGGCAAAAAAGGCAUCUCCAAAUCGAAUCUAAUGGAUGAAGACGGUGAGGAGGAUCUAGAUGUCGAAGCUCAAAUGGAGGCUGAGCUCAAGGCCAUGCUCGAAUACGGAGGCGUAGAUAUGGAGGAACCUGACUCUGGCGAGGAGGAGGUGCCGAUGGACUACAACCUUAUCAAGAAUUUCUUGGAAAGUUUCAAGAGUCAAGGGGGUCUUUCUGGACCUGUGGGAAAUCUUGCUGGCCGGUUGCAGCCAGGAUGGACAUUUCCAAGGGAUGAUUCAUAAUUUAUUGCACCGCCUACAUGCAGACUGUUGGGAACUGAGAUAGGGAAAUCUAUGGAAGUGUCAAUGGCAUUUUCCAGCAGUUGUAACGGCGACUGAGCUGUCUAUUCUUCGUACCUUGUGAGAAACCCGUACUGUCACUACUGUGUACUAUUUAGUUGUGUGUAGCUGAACUGCUCGUACAUGUGCCACAGUUAUUAUUACCAAUCUAAUCUUAUCUAUGUAAAACUGAACCCCUA